AUGGAUAAAAGAAGGAAGAAAGAGACCUUCAGGUGCAAAUAUUCGCGAGCAAAAAAAACUGAGACUACAAGAAAGGGAAAAAUCGCUGGAUGUUUAAAGCACUUCUUGCAAAACAAUGAAGAUUCCACGGAGACUAUCGAUGCGACCGAAUCUCAAGAUUCUAAAUCCGUAAUAUCAGUAACCAUGAGUGGACCAUCUGAAAUUUCAACAGAGGCGACUACGGUAACAUCAGGUCCUGCAACAAGUGGCGGCGGUUGUAUCAGCAAAACAGCUUCUACUGAUGCAGAGCCCAAUGAAGCGAUGACACCGUCUACAGUACUUGAACAAUCCACUUCGGGUAGUUCAGCUUGUGUAAGAAGUUCGGUAAUGUCAGCUAACGAAAUACCUGCUGCAAGUGACACUUUCAAAGAAGGCUUUAAUAAAGCUAGCGUCGAUAUAAUUGCAUCCGACCCCGGUUUGUGGCCCGAAAUAUUCACCAAUGAGAUAGCUAGAAUAUUGGUUAAAUGUGGUCCGCCCUUGAUAGAUAUCAGUUUUAUCUGA